GGAUCAGCCACACCCGCUUCAGCUUAUUGGGCAUCUUUCCGUGGAACGUCACAUGCAAAAGAGCCACACGUACGUUUAUGCCGAUGAAUUGUAGAUUAAAGGGAGGCAGAACAUGCAGAUUGGGUCCCACACACAGACACGGUCCGACUGCCCUCGCCUCAUCCACCGAUGACUGAGGAGAUGCGUCCUGACGAGACCUGCUGAAGAGCUCCAGCGUUCAUCUGCGUUUGACAGCGUUCACUCACUGACAGCACGGCGAACACAGCACGAUGCUGGGAUUCUGUAGAGCUGGGACAGCGCUGGCUCUCAUCCUGCUCAAUGCUCUGGUGCUCAUAGCUGCAGCGGACGAGGAGCUCAUCUUUAGCGAUCAUGUACUGGUCCAGCUGCACGAGGGGACGAACGAAGAUGCUCAUCAACUUGCCCUGGAGCACGGCUUCGGGAGCGCGAGGAAGCUUCCUUUUGGCGAGGGACUAUUUCAUUUCUACCCGCGGGAAAUCCCUAAAACCAGGAGGAAACGCAGCCUGCAGCAGCACCGGCACCUGGCGAAGGAUCACCGAGUGAAAAAUGUGUUUCCUCAGGAGGGUUUUGGCCGUCAAAAGAGGGGCUACAGAGAAAUCAGUAACAUUGACGUCAACAUGAGUGACCCGCUUUUCACCAAGCAGUGGUAUCUUAUAAAUACAGGCCAAGCGGAUGGGACCCCAGGGCUGGAUCUCAAUGUGGCAGAAGCCUGGAACAUGGGCUUCACCGGCAAAGGUGUGACCAUCGCCAUCAUGGACGAUGGUAUUGAUUACCUACAUCCAGAUCUCGCCUCUAAUUACAACGCAGAAGCCAGCUUUGACUUCAGCAGCAACGACCCGUACCCGUACCCGCGCUACACAGACGACUGGUUCAACAGUCAUGGCACCAGGUGUGCUGGAGAGGUUUCUGCGGUUUCAAACAACAACAUCUGUGGAGUGGGCGUGGCCUACAACUCCAAGGUAGCAGGCAUUCGUAUGCUGGACCAGCCCUUCAUGACGGACAUCAUCGAGGCCUCGUCCAUCAGCCACAUGCCACAGGUUAUUGACAUCUACAGCGCUAGCUGGGGUCCCACAGACGACGGCAAGACGGUGGACGGCCCGCGUGAGCUUACCCUGCAGGCCAUGGCUGACGGAGUCAACAAGAAUGAUGAAAGCUGCUCCUCCACCCUCGCCUCCACCUUCAGCAACGGCCGUAAACGAAACCCUGAAGCAGGCGUGGCCACCACGGAUCUGUAUGGAAACUGCACACUGCGUCAUUCGGGCACAUCUGCUGCUGCCCCUGAGGCCGCUGGCGUGUUUGCCCUGGCGUUGGAGGCCAAUCCGAACCUGACAUGGAGGGACCUGCAGCACCUGACGGUCCUCACCUCUAAGAGGAACAAGCUGCAUGACGAGGUGCACCAGUGGAGGAGGAACGGUGUGGGCCUGGAGUUCAACCAUCUGUUCGGAUACGGCGUGCUGGAUGCCGGAGGAAUGGUCAAACUGGCCCGGGAGUGGAAGACCGUCCCGGAACGAUUCCACUGUGUGGCUGGAUCCGUGCAGGAGAUACACAAAAUACAGUCAGGCAGCAAACUGGUGCUGAGCGUCACGACCGAUGCCUGCCAGGGCAAAGACAACUUUGUGCGCUAUCUGGAGCAUGUGCAGGCCGUCAUCACCGUCAACGCCAGCCGCCGCGGAGACCUCAACAUCAACAUGACUUCACCGAUGGGGACCAAGUCCAUCCUGCUGAGCCGCCGACCCCGGGACGACGACUCCAAGGUGGGCUUCGACAAGUGGCCCUUCAUGACCACCCACACGUGGGGCGAGGACCCUCGAGGAGCCUGGCUGCUGGAGGUGGGUUUCCAGGGCGAAGCCCCGCAGAGCGGCGUGCUGAAGGAGUGGACCCUCAUGCUGCAUGGAACACAGAGUGCCCCUUACAUAGACCAAGUGGUGCGGGACUACCAGUCCAAACUGGCCAUGUCCAAAAAAGAAGAGCUUGAGGAGGAAUUAGGCGAAGCUGUGGAGAGAAGCUUGAAAAGCCUUUUGAGUAAAAGUAACUAGCCACGUGCAUGAAAAUAUCCUCUCUGUAUUAGCGUAUAUUCCUAGCCCGUUCUCUCUCGGCUUUCUCUUUUUUCUUGUGAUUAUUUGAUGAAUGUCUGACGUGAUUCUCUCCUAUUAAAGUGUAUUCUCUGAAUGAUACAGCGGCCGCGAAAACCAUUUCGACACUUAAGACGCGCUUGGAAACGUUUGAACAUCAUUGUGCCAAAUAUCACAGCAAGUGGCAUUUACAUUAAUGAAAAACAGCACAAGCACACUGUAUAAGCAUACACUUUACAAAAAGACCUUUGUCAGGUUUCAAUACAGUUCAAACAUCUACUAAAAGUCAUCUGGACAGCAGCUGGUGAAGUCAUUGCAGCAGUACUUCAGAAAGUUAGUUCUGAGAAAACCUCUAGCAUCAUUUGUAUAGAUUUUGUGUUUAAAUGCAGUGACAUUCAGACUAUAAUGUGUGACUUGAGUGUCCAAAUUCAUUUUUUCGCACCGCUGUAUGUCCCGGCGAGAAAAUAUUGCAUCUUACUUUCGAUGUUCCUUUUUUACACUAUACAGAAAUGUAUAUAAACCAAAUAUAUCAAUACUUUAUUAUGCUCUUGCUUACCCUGCUGUCCCCACCUCUGCUGUACAGUUUGUGACUGUAAAUCAUUUUGUGUGAUUCUCCUUUAAAGUUUAGUCUCUUGCAAACAGAGCGGUGAUAUUUCUUUGUUUGUUUUUUUUUUUUUUUCUUUUUUGUGAGGAGAAGUUUUUUUUAAUUUGUAUUUUAUGAAGAGAUGAAAUGCACAUCAUUCUACUGCUUAUGGCCAAACAAAGCAUAUUUCAUAGCAUUGUCUAUAUAUAAUAAAUCUAUUUAGCUGUUUGUUAAAGCACCUGAGUGAUUAAGACAGUAAUUUACCAGCGGGUUGGGUGAUGUGGGGUACAGUGGUUGAAAGUCUAACUUGCUAAACGUAAA